UCAUUGGCCGGGGCAGAAAGGGGAGGGACCCACCGGGAGUCUGAUUCUUUAAACAAACUUUCCAGUAGGACUGCCUGCUUCCCUUCGCACUGCUGUGUUGGACCCAGACAGAAGGAGUUUGAGGGACUUCCAGAUAUUUCUACCUGAAGCCAAGGCCCAGAACCAGCCGCCACCAUGUCGAGCAAGCGUGCAAAGGGAAAGACCACCAAGAAGCGUCCUCAGAGGGCCACCUCCAACGUGUUCGCCAUGUUCGACCAGUCUCAGAUCCAGGAGUUUAAAGAGGCGUUCAACAUGAUCGACCAGAACAGAGACGGUUUCAUCGACAAGGAGGAUCUGCAUGACAUGCUGGCCUCUCUGGGUAAGAACCCCUCCGAUGAAUACCUGGAGGGGAUGAUGAGCGAAGCACCAGGGCCCAUCAACUUCACCAUGUUCCUCACUAUGUUUGGAGAGAGGCUCAACGGAACGGACCCCGAGGACGUCAUCCGCAACGCUUUUGCCUGUUUUGAUGAGGAGGGAUCUGGUGUGCUCCACGAGGACCAUCUGAGGGAGCUGCUGACCACCAUGGGCGAUCGCUUCACAGAUGAAGAUGUGGACGAGCUGUUCCGCGAGGCGCCCAUCGACACGAAGGGCAACUUCAACUACGCAGAGUUCACCCGCAUCCUCAAACACGGCGCCAAAGACAAGGAUGACGAGUAGAGGGAGACAGCGACUGCCUCAGGGCCCCCCGCACACAUACUGUACUGCAAAUCAAUCGCUAGGUCCUACCUUUAGGGACCUUGAAGGUUUUAGACGAAUCGAACAGAAAUAGUAUCAAAGUUAUUUUUAUAAAAACGCAGAUGUGGCCAUUGUGUAACAUUUAUUUAGAUUCAAACAUGUCAUUGAAGGUAGGAGCUUUGGAUUCAUUUGGGAUCCACAGAAAUAUUUUGUAAUACACCCACUUUCCAACUUGUAUCAUCAUUGAAGGUUACCAUGAAGAAAGGAGUAUGUGCAUCUUAUAGCUAGAAGUCUACUGCGGCUUCAGUCACUUUGACUGCUGGUUGGACGUUUGACAUGCAUCGAACAUCGUGUGUGUGUGUGUGUGUGUGUGUGCAGGGGUGUUUGUACAGUACCAGCAAUGUUUACCUCUUCCUGCCAAUUAGUCUCCACAUCUGUAAUAUUUGUAUCCCUGUAUGUUAGAAAAGGAUUUAAAAAAAAGAAUCAUUCUGAUGGUGUUUAUUAAAAGUGGUGAGCUUGAUGAAGUGGUUAGUAGAGCUUUACAUUUAAACUCUUCCAAUCAGCUGGUUUUGUGUAUUUGUUGAAGGAUCAGAUAUGUUUGUGUUGUUGAAGGAAUUCAGUCUUGAAUUGUUGCUCAGGCAAAUAAAGUAAGUUUAUACGCAAAAA